GCCGCCGGGAGGAGGCGAAGGAGGAGCGGGGGGAACGUGGACGUCGCCCGCAUGCGGCCGGGAGCUCCCUCCCCCCCGACUCGGGCCGAGCGCGGGGGGCAGCCCCGCGGAGCCGAGUAGCUUUGCGGCCCCGCCGACGGGGCGGGCUGGUCGCGGGGCCGCGCCGCGGAAGGUAGGGGAGGCGGCUCCGGCCCCGCCGUGCUGCGACCUGAGCGCGUGUGGGCGGGGUGCGCCCCUGCGCCGGGAUAAAUAGCGGCUGGCGAAGCUGACAGCCCGGCCCGGGGCGCGCGGGUCCGGAGGCUGCGCUCGUGGUAGCGCCGGGGAAAAAAGUUGGGGUUAUCGCUGACUCCGCUCCGAAGCCCCGCUCCCGCCCGCAGCCCGGACCGAGCUUUUUUUUGUUUCUUUUCUUCGUUUUGAUUUUCCCAGCCGGGGAAAGGGGAGGACCGGAGAGCCGCGCGGAGCUCGAGCCGCGCUUUCCCCCGCUCUCCGCGCACCGCAGGGGCGAUGCUAGAAGGCGCCGCGAGUUCGCAGCGCGCGUUCAGGGCAGCGGGAGGCGCGUGAGCUCCCGCAGCAGCCGCUGCCCCCUCCGCCCGCCCCGCGCGCCGCCGCCGGAGGAGGCUGCCCGCCCGCCCCAGCGGCCCAGGAUGCGGUUUCGCCUCUUCUCCUUUGCCUUGAUCGUCCUGAACUGUAUGGAUUACGGCCACUGCCAAGUCGGCCGCUGGAGACGCGGCAAGAGAGCUAGCUAUGGAUCAAAUCCAAUUUGCAAAGGCUGUUUGUCUUGUUCAAAGGAUAAUGGAUGCAUCAGAUGCCAGCAUAAGUUAUUCUUCUUCCUACGAAGAGAAGGAAUGAGACAGUAUGGUGAAUGCCUGCAUUCCUGCCCAUCAGGAUAUUAUGGACUCCGAACACCAGAUAUGAACAGAUGUUCAAGAUGCAGAAUAGAAAACUGCGACUCCUGCUUCAGCAGAGACUUUUGCACCAAAUGCAAAGCUGGCUUCUACUCCCACAGAGGCCGCUGUUUCAGAGGUUGCCCACCUGGAUUUGCUGCCUUGGAAGAACUCAUGGAAUGUGUGGAAGGCUGUGAAGUUGGUCAGUGGAGUGAAUGGGGAACUUGCAGCAGAAAUAAUAAAACAUGUGGAUUUAAGUGGGGCCUGGAAACGAGAACAAGGCAAAUAGUGAAGAAGCCAGCGAAAGAUACGAUACCAUGCCCAACCAUCGCGGAGUCCAGACGGUGUAAAAUGGCCGUGAGGCAUUGUCCAGGAGGAAGAAGGGCAACAAAAACAAAGGAGAAGAAAAAGAAGAAAAAGAAUUUGAUGGAGAGGGCUCAGAAGCAGCACAGCAUCUUUUUAGCUACAGACAAAACAAGCCAGUAAAGACUUGAUUUACUUUUUUUAAUAUAUUUUUGCAAAGU